AUGGCAGUGUCUUUCCCUCGUCUUCCGAGGUGGUUGUGUGGUGGUAAGAAAGAGUCCAAAGGGUCUUCUUCUUCUUCUUCACUGAAGAAGACUUGUAACAAUAAGACUGGGUCUUCUUCUUCUAGUGUGAAGAAGAUUAAGAGAGGAUGGAUUGGAAGAGGAGGAGGAGAGGAGGAGAAGAUGGGGAAUGUUGUGUUCCCUCAACCUGAUGAUCCUGAGUGGUCUAUUGGUUGGGUUGAACCACAUGGUCCAGGUUUUAAAAGUGAGGAUGAUACUGCUUGUGGUGGGUUUGUGGUUCUUGUUCCUUGUUACAAGAAGUUGGUUGAUGGUUCUGGGAAUCAGAUCCCAACUGCCUUCUUCUCUCCUGCUCCUGAUGGUAAGAAUAUGGAACAGUGGCUGUCGUCUAUGGGGAAGCUAUAA